UUUUUAUGCAUUUGGUCUUUUUAUUCUUUUUGUGUUCACCAGCCAAGAUACGGUAACGAGGGUAAUUCUAUUUCCAGUCGAGCUGGUACUGGAUUUACUUUUCCCGCUGCCUUGAACUUGGUGGGGAAAUGCUGGGCAUGACAGAUGGAGAAGUGAAGAUGAAAAUGUUUUGAAGAAUUGAAUGCAAUGCGUAUUUGUCAUUUGUUCUCUUAGAAAUGAAUUGACUUCCAGGAGAGAAACGGGAGGAUGAAAAGUUGAAAGAGAAAAAAGAGGAAAGUUCCAUGGGAAGAGGAUCUCCGGACAGUGAACGGGCAAACAUCAGGGAAAGUUUCCAGGCAUCCGGUGAUCGUCUAGAUUCUUCUGGCCGAGUGGCUCUUGACUAUAACGCCAUCGUCCAACCCGAGCUGAUAGGACGACUUGCAAUCGUCCAUCCAUCGGUUCGAACAAGCGUUCCCCUCUUCAUUGCGUGGCGCCUGUCGUCAAUACCACCGGGCCCGUACAAGUCAAAAGGCCUCAAUGGCCCUCCCCGAUUCUCUCUAGUAGUAGUUCAGUACUUGUUGGGUUGCCGACUGCCACCUGCUUUUCUUUUUCACACGUUCGUUUGUACUUUCUCCUCUUCCAUCUGCACGGUCGACUGGAGUGGUGCUUUCUUGCUUGCCUGCUUGCUCGCUCGCUUCCUACUACUUUCCAUCUCCAUCUUCAUCUUUCCUACAUAGUACCUACAUUCUUCCCUACUAACCUACUGUCUU